CCAGGCCCCUCUUCUCUCUCCGUCUCACUGUCUCUCUUUCUGGCCCUCUAUCAGUUUCCCGACUGCUUUGAAUUCAGCUUUCCUCUGCCACAAACUUCUACUGUGAUGUUUCUGCCCUGGAGCCAGCUGACAAAGGACUGAACCUUAAAACCGGAUGCAGGGAAGGCAUGCAUGAAGGUUUAGCUGUCACUUGUGGAAACUGCAGACACGGAAGUCUCCCCAUGGCACCUCAUCACAUCCGCAAAUACCAGGAGACUGACCACAAAAGGGUCCUGGACUUGUUUUCCAAAGGGAUGAUCGAGCAUGUCCCUGCCACCUUUCGCCACAUGCUGAAGUUGCCACAAACAUUCUUGCUCUUACUUGGGGUGCCCAUCACCCUACUCCUGGCCUCUGGCUCUUGGCUCCUGGCUCUUGUAUCCAAUGUCACCUUCCUUGUUUUCCUAUGGCUGUUGGCCAGACAGCCUUGGAGAAAGUACGUGGUCAUGUGUUUGCAGACAGAUCUUGCUGACAUCACCAAAUCCUACUUGAGGGCCCGUAGUUCCUGCUUCUGGGUGGCUGAGUCUGGGGGGCAGGUGGCAGGCAUAGUGGGUGCUUUGCCAGUGAAGGAUGCCCCCCCAGGGAGGAAGCAACUGCAGCUGUUUCACCUCUCUGUGGCCUUGGAGCACCGAGGUGAAGGACUAGGGAAAGCCCUGGUCAUGACUGUCCUCCAGUUUGCAAGGGCUCAGGGCUACAAUGAGGUUGUCCUUGAUACUAGCAUAGUACAGCAGGCUGCUUUGACCCUCUACCUGCGCAUGGGCUUCCAGAAGACAGGAGAGUACUUUUAUAACAAGGUCUUUAGACUAGUGUACCUUUCUACCAUUCGUUUAACAUACUUCCUCCCAUCUGCUCAGGAAGGAGGCCCAUGAGCUAUUGUCUCGUGUAUCAGUCAGGAUCUGAUUGACAAUCCUGUAGCACAAGCAAACCCUGGCAUUUUGGUAGAACAAAUGAUGAAAACUCCUUGCUAGUGCACAUCUGAGUCCAACAUGUUUGAUGGUGAGGUGUGGGGGCUUCUAUUCCAUUCAGUGCUUCUAGGUACAGUGAUUCUUUUGUCUAUCACCACAGUAAUGUAUAAAUAACAAGCCGAGAUGAUAAUGUGCACACACGUUGCUUGAGUCUGUGAGCCAGUUUUCUUCUGGUCUGUGCUGGGCAGCUCUCUGGGUCUCAGGAUAUCUAUGCAAAUGGCCAGGAUUGACUGCAGUACUGGUUAUAAUGUGUGUCAUCUUGUCCCAGCAGGCCAGCUCAGGCAGGGUUUAAAGUCAUUUCAGAGCAACCAAACCAAAAUGAGAAAAGAACAAAGACUUCUCCAUGUCCCCACAGGUGACACUUGUGGAAACAUCCCAGACUCAGGAGAGAUGAGACUGGUUCAGUAGUGGAGGAACUGCAGAAUCACAGAGCAGAGGGGCACAAUGUGGCCCUAUGAGAAGAACUGAGCAGAAAUGCACUCACUCUGGUGCCAUGUCCCUGCAGAGGGGUGGAAAGGUAGCUGUGGAUGGAGGGGGAUGUUUCCAUCAGGAGACCUGGGUAUGGGUAUGGUGCAAUCCUGUGGUGCAGGCAGGGCCCAUUCCCAUGGGCCACCUUGACUGAGGGGAGGUCAUGUAUGGAGCCUUCCUAUGUAUCCUGAAGGAGUCAUAGUGAGGUGAGUGUCCCAAAAUUAACCUGGAUCGGCACAUAGCCUGGUCCCAGACACUGUCCCCAAAUGCUCACAAACUCCAGAUUUUAAAAGGUACCUCAGAAUAGAUCCUCCUGUACAAGGAAGAGUUGGGACAUAGGUCAGGGCUGAUGUUUUCAGGACUGUUGCCCUUUCCCAUCUGUUUAGGAUGGGAACUCUGGCAUGUUCAUGGCCACCUGGAGCCUCUUACUUGAUCUGUCCAACUCAGAGGCACAAUUCCAAAUCUGGUGAAUCCCAGAAAACCUUAGUUACCUUUUGAUAUUUGAUCAGCAUGGGAGAUAUUCCCCUUCUCUGGCAUUUCUCCUGUCUCCCUGGGCCACAGCUUGUCCAAUCCUGGCAUCCAGCCUUGUCAUAUACCCAUUUCCCCUACACAGAAAACUUUAACCAUGCUCGUGGACUGGGUCCAUGAGUGACUAGUUGUUCAGAACCACAGCCUCAACUUCCCACUGCCCCAUCCUUUUCUCCUGCCCCUGGUCUUGAAGAUCAAACAUAGAACUCUCUGUCAGCUCAUCCCUCUCCCUCAGGCCUGCCUCCCUGUGCUAUCAUAGAAAAAAGAAAUCACACCUGUUCCCCUGACCCUCCCCAUUCCCACAAUCUUGUGACACACAUCAGGUGUCUUUGGCCUCCUGAAUUGUGCAUAAGUCUUCAGGACACCACUGGGAGGUCAAGAGGAGGAAGUUCUGCAGGUUCUCCAGACUCUGCUGCUACCAGUUCCCUUCCCCAAUGAGACCAGGGUCUAAGGGGCAGUGCCCAGAGGGUAAGAUUCUGAGGGAGGUUUACAGUAUUCCCAGUGUUUUGAAAACUCUCAGGAAAAUGGUUUUUCUCACCCACAUGUACUUGGUAUCAGGACAUGUUAGGGCUAAGAAGCCUGAGGGGUAGAGGGGGAAGGACGGGCCCAGGAUGGAAACACUGUCACACUGGACUGGUGGGUCCUGGGCACUGAGUACAACCCCAUCACUGGUGGAGGGCUCCAUCAGGUGCCAGGAAUCUCAGAGACAGGACUGCAGCUUGGUCUUCCCCUGCCCCAGCACUUCCACUCAGACCGUAAACAUAGCCAGCUGCUCUACUGAGCUCCAAAAGGAAGCGCUCAUUCUGUUGGAGGUUGUGAACAGAAUGUACCCUUGACCUGGAACACUCUCCUCCCCUCUUCCCAACACAUACCUUUGUUCAUUCAGCAACCAUGCUACCCAGAAUUGACUGGGCAGGAAAAUAACAUUUGAGUAGGGAGGAAGCCUUUCAUCCUGCUUGCAUUCUGGCCCUCAUUGAAAUUUCAUCUGUGGCUAUUCACAAUCAGGUCCCCACAUUAGCUGCCAAGUUGCCUGGAAUCCUGCACAAACAAGGGUGGAUGCAAAUUCUAUUAUGUCCACAAUACUAACAUUAGCUUCUGGGUGUUCAUCCUGGACAGUCUCUUUCUGCCUGCAUAUGGUGGCCAGGUUCCCAGGAGGAGAGGGCAGGAGUGUUCUGUGCCUCCUGAGGCUCCCAGGCCUGGUCACCACUCUCUCAGGCCAGAGCAUUAUGGAGUCAAGGAGUGGGUC